CACGAAACCAAGAGUUCACGAGAGCGAAAACCGCACCCCAGCCAGCCAUCCAUCAAUUUCUUGGUUUGACCUCCAUCCCCAUGUUGGGGAUGCGGUCGUCGCCCACGAUGCGGCCCUUGCUGUCCACCCUCUGAGACUUGAAGCCGGUCCGCGGCACCGGGAACAGAAUGUGGGUGACGCCGCGGUAGUAAAAGGGCGUGGGCGGAGGCUGACGGUCGGGCGCUGCCGGCUCGCCCGUCGACUUGUGCACCUGCACCACACAAGGAGGGUGUGUGUUCCCUGCUUGUUGUUGGUCGUUGGUUGUGUGUGCGGGUCUUACGAGGAAUGGGUUUGGUUUGAGGCAUCUUGCUGGUCUCCACAUGAAGCGGCGAAUCGAGUUGCGGUACAUGACCCCCAUCCGACGGGUCACCGAGUGGUGCUGACAACGGACAGCAUUCAACGACACAUAGAGUGUGUGUGUAUCGAGGCAAAAUCUCGACUCUGCUCACCCGUUUGAAUGAGAUCUUCUCCUUGCGUCUGUUGCCCUCUUGGAAGAACUUCUUGGCAGGGAUCUCCAGCACACGCUUGGUCUUGUCCGUGUGAUACGUCUCGUAAGGCACCAACUGACACACAUGACACAUACACCAACAACAUUCGAUGAUGCUGUCUUGCAGGCAGGCAAAUCGCUGUCUCUUCCCCCCACCUGUCUCUCAGGCACCCACUGCUCGGCCAGGUCAUCUAGAGCUUCUUUCAGAGCCCUGGCAGUGUUCGCGUCCUUGUCGCAGAAAAUGACCUUCUCGAGCGUGUAUCGGGGGCUCUCGGCCUCAACCUGCACACACAGCAGAUCAAAUGAACGUGUUUGUGUCUGCCUGUGUCAACCACUGACGCGUACCUGCAGUAGUGCCUCCAUGACCUCUUCCAUGAGGAUGUGUGUGUGGCGCGCGGGCUGGUAGCCAUAGAGGCCACAGCCGAUGUGGGGGAGGCAGAGGGUGCUGAUGAAGGGCAGCUCUGAGGUCACUUGCGAGAGGGCCUUCUUGAUAGUGUACCGCAGUCGCCUCGCAGCGUCAGUGGGGCCACCCUCUGCACACACUCACACCGACACCAGCAACAGACAACGUCCGAUGGGUCGUCAGCUGCUGACGUGACGCCGUGUGUGUUGGUUGCUUACGCCAGUAGUAGGGCAUGACGCAGAAGAGCAGCAGCUGGCUCCUGCCCACACCAUGGCUCGCUGUCACAAACACCUGGCCUGGACAACGGCACCACACACAUCAAUGGAUGGAUACGCGCGUGACUUGAAACCGGUCAGUUUGCCGUCUGACUCACCGAUUUCGACAUCAGCGGCGAGUUGCAUGUGCGAUGCGGGGUCGACCUGCUGGCCCUCCUGCUUGGCCUUCUCCUCGCGUCUCUUGAACUCCUUGAGGAUGUACUGGUUCUUGACCUGGUAGAAGGCAUCCCGCACCAGCUUCUUCCCGCCACGAUCAAACACCUCCAAACCUUAAUGGGAGGCAGGCACAACACAGCACAGAUGAAGACCCAUGUGCACCCUCCUAUGCACCCUCUUGUGUUUUGUGUGUUGUUUCCCGCUCACUGAAUCCGCGAUAGGGGAGGAAGUUGGGCACCAUCGGGACGAGUAUAGCGUCAGCCUCACACUCAAAGAUAUCCCCAUGCACCACUGACAUCUUGCCGAAAGGCUCCAGGUCCAGAUCGUUGAUGAGUCCCUCAUACUUGGUGGUCCGCAAGGCCUCCAGCAGCACCCCCUCGCCCACACCCUCUUCCCCGCUGACGGCCGCAUCUUUCUUCUCCUGCUCCUCUAUCUCCUUCUUCAGAGCGUUCGGCAUGAACCGGGCGUUGAUGCGCUCGUAGGUGUAGCGACUCUUGAGGUCGGGCUCCCGCCGCGUCAUGUCCUUGGGAUGUGCGAAGCGCUUGAGGUACUCUGACGUCUGCAGCAGCGCCCUCUCAUAGGUCUUCUCGACCUUGGCCUUCUGAUAAGAGCCGAAGCGGCGCCGCUGAUGAGUCAGAUGAGGCGGUGCAGAUACAGAUGAAGCCGCCACUGGUGCGCUCCAGGGGACGACUGGAGGCGCCCGACGAAGCAUUCUGCAGAUCCUGGUGCAAUGCUGGAG